AUGCCCGGCGUCAUCAAGAUAGUGGUCUCAACAGGCGCGACUUCGGGUCUGCUCCUAGAACAGAGCCAAUCAUACCGCUUCAUGCUCGGAGCCCGUAACUUUAAGCGUGAAGAGAAACACUUCAGCAACUUGUCUUACGACCUGCAGAAGCACAGCUUGACUUUCCUCCCACUCCAGCUCAGCGAUCUUCGCACCGUGAAGACCUUUGCAAAGCAGACCCUUGAGAAGCUCGGGUCGUCCGAUAUUGAUUUGCUGUUUCUAAAUGCCGGCAUCAACAAGCCAGCGGACGAGCCAGUGUAA